AUGUUCAAUUUUAGAAAACUGCAACUUUUCGACAGAGAUCAAACGAAAGAUACAGGUGAAGUACAAAACUUUUUGAAUAGCCACGAAGGGAUAUACUUUUCGACCUCCAAAAAAUUUAUCAACGUGUUUGUAGACAAGCUGCUUUUUAUAGACCCCGUUAAUCUAAACGUUACCACAAUAAACUCAGAUCUGUUGGUAGUCGAUUUUUGUUUUUGUGACAAAACGAAUAACCUCGUUGUGCUUGGCAAAAGCAAGAAUGCCCUAGUAUGCAGCAUCUACAACAUCAGGGCGUACAACUUCACCCUGCUGAAAAAAUUACAACUAAGUAAGAACAUCGAGAAUAUAAAGAAGACGCUAAUUUCGAAGUGCCUCGGGUAUAUAACUACCCUAGAAAAUAAAAAAAUCUCAUUUUAUCACAUAAAUAAUGAUUACUCUAUCACGAAAAGUGAAUUAACUCAAGUGGAGGAGGAAGACACUUAUGAAAAUAUGUUCCUAUGUAGAGAGGACAUCUUAAUAGUGAUGAAAAAGAAUUCAAUAAAUGUAUACAGACUGAUCAUAAAUGAUUCGUCCAUAAGUUAUACAUUCAUCGAAUGCAUCGCGUUGGAGAAGCAUUACUCUUCGAAAACGAGCGGAGGAACCUCCAAUGGAGGCACAAGCAACAGCGACAAUGGAGAAGAAGACCCCACAAGUGAUAACACCAGUAGCAGCAAUAAUGAUAACGGACCACCUCCUUUCCACGAGCCGGUGUUGUCCGCAUACAACGAAGAAAUAAACGUGUUGUACAUCUGUCAUAAUGUAUUGAAACUUCUCUUUGUGCUAGACCUCACCAAUAAAAGUCUGGAAUACAUUUUGCUAGAAAAUAAAGUAAUAAAUUUGUUUGCAGUAAAAUUUUAUUUAAUCCUACUCACGGAAGUUAGAAGAAAAUUUUAUGUGAACAUAUAUGUGAUACAUGAAGAAAUGAAGCUGCAGGUUUUCCGAGGGACGUUUAACUGCCUCAUAACAAACGUUGUAUUUUUUAACAACUUACUGUUUCUAAUUGUGGACGAAUACAUACAUCAGCCGGAGGUAAAGGUGGACAAAUUUUACUUUUACGAACACCUAAAAAUGAAAUGGAACGCAGUUGGAGAAGUAAACCAUGGGAAGAACAGCAAAAGUGAUAGCAUAAGUAAUAUCUUCAAAGAAACAGAAAGCAGCAAAUCGAAAAGUUUCGAUAUUCUAAAAAUGUACAAUGACAGUAUUAACAAUAAUAGUGGAAGUACUAACCUGAUGAAAGGCGAUUUAAAGUAUGAUAUAUUUUUGGAUCGAAAAGAUGAGGCCCGAAGAGAUGAAAAUAACAGCGCAGAAGACAAAGAGUACUACUCAAAAAAGCUAUUUAAAUUAAACAAACUUUUUAAAAAUUGUAGAAAUCAAAUAAAAAUUGUCAUAAAAGAAAAGAACAUGAACGAAAUUGUGCACAUGUUUAAAAAGAAAAAGUUGUUCCUCUGGUUAUUAAAAUUUGCUGACUUGAACAAAAAUUAUCACACCAUUAACUUUGGCCAUGUGCAUCAAAUAUAUGCCGAUUUUUUAUUCGAAAAGGAGCAGUACGAGCUAGCCAUGCAUCAUUACAUCAACACCAUAGGCUUCCUAGAAACAGCCAUCGUUAUUCACAAAUAUUUAAACCUAGAGUUAUAUGAAUAUUUAUCCAGAUAUUUGGAAAAUUUGCACGAAGUUCAUCUCUUCAAUGAUGAGCACACAAUGAUGCUUCUCACUUGCUACAAGAAAGAAUGCAAAAAAAAAAAAAUCAUAUCUUUCAUAAGGAACAAUAAAAAUAAAAUAAAUUUGCAGAAAACGUACAAGUUUUUAUCCAACGUUGGCUACUACAAUAUCGUUUUGAAAUUUUCAAAAAAGAAUAAGGACCACUUGACGUAUAUCUCCAUCCUGAUUGACAAAUUUGAAAAUUACGAAAAGAGCCUCAAAUAUAUAUUCAAGCUGGACGUAGAAAAUAUAUGCAUUUUGCUCUUUCGAUAUGGAUACAAGUUUAUCAAAUAUUUCCCGCAACGCACCAUUUUUUUGUUAAAAAAGAUCAUUAAAAAAUACAAUUUAAAUUUGACAAUAUUUAUUCCCCUAUUCCUUGACAACAUAGAUUUUCUAUUUCUUUUUAUCCUUAAAUUUCUCGAUAAAAAAAAUUCAAAAGGGGGAGAAAAAAGAAGCGUUCUGGCGGCAAAUGACACAGGUAGGGACUCUCAAAAAAAUUGGCAAAACAUUUCGAUAAAGCAGGAGAACAUCCUCCGAGAACAAACCCACGAAAGAGAUAACCCCCCUCCCCUGACCAACGACACAACACUGUAUGACGAAACUGCGACGACAGCCAACAUCAUAAGUAACAAAAAGAUAGAGUUCGACAUUUUCAAUGGGGAAUAUGACUAUAUCCUGUUCGUCACCGUCAUGCAAAUUUUGCUUCAGAAAUAUAAGACAAAAGAAAAAGAGAACCACGUCCUCACCUUCAACAUAGAUAAGCUGAUCAAAAAUGAAGAUAAAAAUAUAACCUUCUUAUCUGCCAUUCUGUUGUCCAUUUAUAACUACAACAAGGGACUUCUUUACGUCUCCAAUAAAAUGAACAAGCAUGAUAUGUACUUCCUUUUUACGACCCUAAAAAUGGUGAAAAAAUUCAGACUGAGUUACGCAAAACAUGCUCUACAACCCCCACUGCAGCAAAUCAAACUUCAUAGUCAUAACCCCGCUCUGCGAAGUUACAACUUAAUACAAAUUACAAAUCAAAAAUUUGCGAAAAAGUUAUUUAACACGUGUAUGCACCUCAUGAAGGUAAAAGACUCCAUGUGCCACAAUUACAUUUUUUAUUACCUGUCAUUACUAAAUGAUGACAAGUACCUCACGCGGUUUGUAAAAACAUUAAAUAAAAAAUCAUCCAUAUCAUUGUUGCACCUGAUAAGCAUUCUGCGAAAGUACAACAAAAAUUAUGGGUGCGUGAAAAAAAUGGUGAUUUCGUAUAUAAAUCAAAUGAAUAGAAAUAUAAAUAAAAAAUAUGCUCAAAUAGUGAGAGAUAAAAGGGAGUUAUAUAAAAUUAAAAAAAAAAAAAGCCAGACAAAAGUACAACUUUCACAUUAUUGA